AUGGAGCCAGGGAGCUGUCAGAAGUUGGACACCACUCAAAAGUCGCUGCGUGAAAUUGACCGACUCAAGCAACAAGUGAUCAAUGAACGCCGGCUGAGGAGAAAGUCCUGGGACGAGAUGGCCGUGGCACUAGCAAGGCUGAAGGACAUGGCGGCCAAAGCUUCACAGGCCAAAGCUAGAGAGAACCAUCUGCAGGAAGAGGUGGAAAAGCUGAAGCGGAGGCGAGCGUUUGACUCACGGAAGUAUCUUGAAGAGGACACCAUUCCUGCUUUACAAGUUGCGCAUCAAAUGAGAGUCCAAGAGCUUAAGAAAGAGCUCGAGGAUGUGAAGUUUGGUUUGCUCAACAGAACAAAGCGGAUAAUCUGUUGCCAUAAGAUCCAACUCGACCAGCAAGCCAAAGCAAAGCAGGACGUGGAGGACGAAAUGAGACAAGUGAGAGAAGAGAAAACCUCACUGCUGUUAUAG